AUACAAUCAUUGCCAACUACCCAUCCCAGAUAAGUUUCAAUUGAGAAAUCACUCUUUCUUAUCAUAAAACAUGAUGGAAAACUUCCCCACUAACAACUCCGGUAUCACAAACAAAACGCUUAACGACGGUUUAUGUCAUCGCUACACCGCAUUCGAAAAUGAAAACACUCCACAUCUCCUCAUCGUCCUCAAUUCCACUGUGAACAUUAUCCUAAUGAUAGUAUCGAUCAUAGCAAACAGCUUGGUGAUAGCAGCAGUGUGGAAAACGCCUUCCUUACGGUAUCCUUCAAAUUUAUUUCUUUGUAAUCUGGCAUUGUCUGAUGUUAUUGUUGGUUUGAUCGUAGAGCCAUUUUAUCUCACCGUAGAAUUGUUAAAAAUGCAUGGUUACCCAAAAGGGGAUGAUUGUACAUUGGAAACGGCAUUUUCAGUGAUUGCAUUCCUAGUUUGUGGAGUUUCGUUUGGAAACGUGACUCUUGUAAGCAUGGAUAGAUACAUGGCAAUCCACUAUCCACUGAGGUAUGACACCAUUGUUACUAUCCCGCGGGUAUACGUUCUCAUAAUUUCGUGUUGGGUUCUCAACGCUUUUUUUUCUACUAUUUUUCCGUGGAAUGAAGUCGUUUUUGGGUAUCUGGUGACAGUUGUUUGCGCAAUAUUCCUGACAAUGUCAACAUUUAUCCAUAUCAAGAUCUACCGAAUCGUCCGCCGCCAUAGAGGUGUGAUUCAAGCUCAAGAACAGGCAGUCCAUUCGACCAACACGGAGUUUAAUAUGACGGGUUUUAAAAAAACUGCCUCAAACACGUCCAUUGUGCUCUUUUUCUUACUGAUAUGUUACCUGCCUUUCACUGUAGCCUGCAUUCUACUAAUUUUGACAGACGAGUCACCUAUCCUUUGGAGAGUAGCUUCCACAACAGUGUAUUUAAACUCAGCACUCAAUCCGUUUCUUUAUUGUUGGCGACUCUCAGCUUUGAGAGGUCCGGUUAUAACUCUGCUUAAGAAGAUUUUCUGCCCUUUUAAAACCUCCUCAUCAUAUAUUUUUGGCAACUAGACUGCUCACGAAUUUAACUGCGGUGUUUAAAUUUUAAGCUUUAUCUUUGUAAGCUGGAAAAGGUAUUUUUAGUUUGUGGAGUUUCGAAUUUAAAUGUAACAUUCACUGAUGUGGAUAGAUUCUCAGAGGUUCAUUAUCCGCUAAGGCAGGACACCAUCGUUACCAUCCCACGUGUU